UGGUAUAAAAGUCCCGCACCGCAAGACGCGCACGUUUCGGUUCAAUUGAUGGCGAUGGAUAGAUUGGCAAAAAUGAGAAAGUCCUCAGCAGGUUCGAGCACGGAGCGUUUGAUGUACUGCAGGACCCCCGACACGACCACGGCACAGAACAACAUCAGACAAACAAACUGGAGAUCGAGGAUGCUUUUCAAGACCUUUCCCGUCAGAGAAUCACGGCACACCCCUCCACAGAGGAAACCAUACGGGCCAACUACUGAAGAAGUGACCGAAUGGGCGCAGUCUCUGGACAACUUACUGAGCAGCAAAUAUGGGCUAACUGCUCUGCGGCUGUUCAUGAAGUCCGAACACUGUGAGGAGAAUAUCGAGUUCUGGAUGGCCUGUGAAGAGUUCAGAAAGAUCAGGUCAAGAUCCAAACUCAAAUCCAGGGCAAAAGCCAUAUACGACCAGUUCAUCAGGGCAGAUUCUCCAAAAGAGCUCAACCUGGACUUCUACACAAAGGAGACCCUGCACCAGAGCCUCCUGAUCCUGACACAGUCCAGUUUCAAAGCCGCCCAGAACAGAGUGUACUUCCUGAUGGAGCACAACUCGUACCCUCGCUUCCUGGACUCCGAGCUCUAUCGGCAGCUCUGGAGAAUCGCUGAAGGAGAGCGAUAGUUCAUGCAGUGACUGAGACACUAGGAUUUCAUUUUGCAUAUUUUGCACAGAUUUGUAAAUAGUCUGUAUUGGUAUUGAGUGUUCACACAGCGUCGUACCCAUGUUUUGAAGUUUACUUGUAGGUCUUUUUUUAUGAUUUUUGCUUUUCAAUGAAAAAGCAUGAGAAUAAAUGUGGAUAAAGUUAUUUCAAUUGUCAUUCCGUUACUUUCUGAAUUUUAGGGGCACUACUUUUAAUAAAUAAAUAAACAAAAAUAAGCAAAAAGUUUA